AUGGCCAGGUCUGAUGGGGGAAGGAAUUGGGGUAUGUAUGCUAGUUCGAAGAGUGCUUCUCUUCCUGACAGCUUGCACAUUAAUACCCCUUGGUUCUUCAGGUGUUUUGUGCUUGGACAUCUCCUUCGUGGCUUCUGUUUUUUCCAGCAAGGAGCUGAGGCUUUGGCUUCUUCUCUUUUCUAA